CUUUGUGUACAACGGGGUCUACAUAAACAUUUACUAAUGGCUCCCUCAGAUGUAGCCGGUUGGGGUAUAUUCCUUAAGGAGGGUGCACAAAAGAAUGAAUUCAUUUCGGAAUAUUGCGGUGAAAUUAUAUCGCAAGAUGAAGCCGAUCGUCGUGGCAAAGUGUAUGAUAAGUACAUGUGCUCUUUCCUUUUCAAUUUGAAUAAUGAUUUUGUGGUGGAUGCUACGCGUAAGGGGAAUAAAAUACGUUUUGCCAAUCAUUCCAUCAAUCCCAAUUGCUAUGCUAAAGUAAUGAUGGUGACAGGCGAUCAUCGUAUUGGUAUUUUCGCUAAACGUGCUAUACAACCGGGAGAAGAACUAUUCUUUGACUAUAGAUAUGGUCCUACGGAACAAUUGAAAUUUGUGGGCAUUGAACGUGAAAUGGAAAUUGUUUAAUUUUUUUAUUUUUUAUUAUCAUUUUCGUGUACUUUAUUUUAAUUAUUUCUUUUAUCUUAAAUUUAGCGUAAAAAAUAUUGAAUAAAACCAAUUUGAAAUUUA